AUGAUAAAAAAAGUUACAGAAUGUGUGUACGUUCAUCGUUACACCUUAAUUAAUGACAAAAGAAAUAAAAGAUGGAUGCAAAAUAUAUAUAGAAAAAAAUGUAUGUUCCAUUUAACAAAAAUAAAUUACUCUUUUGUUCAGAAAAAUAAGAACAUCAACAAAAAUAUAUACAACAUGAAUUGUGUUGAAUUGUAUAGGUACAGCUGUUUACUAGAAAGAGAGAAUAUUACCAAUGUAACCAUUUACAAACAGAUUAACAAGAGAGUAGAAAUGAUAUACAAAUUUCUGAACCCAUCCAAGAUUAUACUAUUAAUCAAGUUAUAUAUACAGAAUACCCACUUAAAUAUUUACCAAAGUACGUUUCAUUGUCUUAUUGAAGUAGCAAUUACAAAAUUGUGUGAAUUUCACAUAGAAGAAAUUGUAAAAUUGUACAACAUAAUUAGCAAGGUAGAAAAUAAUCAAAAUGUCGUUUAUUUAUUUAAAUAUGUUAAUAACCAUUUAAUUAAUAAUUACACAUUUAUCGAUGUAAAAUCUUUUUCAAUGAUAUUAAAUGCCCAUGCAAAAUUGAGAAUUAAGGACAUGAAAUUAAUUAACAAAUUCUUGCAAAUUAUAAUACAAAACAAUUUACCAUUUGAUAUUGUAAACUAUUCUAUUUUUUUCAAUGCCUUUUAUAAAUUAAAAUUAGUAAAUAAUGAUUUUGUACAUACUUUGGUGACACAAUUCUUAAGCGAAGUUCAUGUGUGGAUGAAAACGGAAAAUUAUUCUACUCAGAUUUUAGGUGACGCAGGUGAAGAAAAUAACCCAUUGGUUCAUGGUGAUGUGGAUAUCCAAAAUUCUAAUCGAAAAAGCCAACUCAUAGACUACAGCCCAAGUCACAUAUGCAAUAUUUUACUAUAUUUCACCAUUCAAAACAUUAACAAUAUUGUCAAAUCAAAUGAGGGGAAGGAAGUGAAAGAUGAAACAAAUCUCAGUGAUAACAUUUAUAUACCUUUUUUGUUAGACCUAUUAAUUAAAAAAAAAAAUCUAUUAAAAUGUGAGGAAAUUAUAAUGUUAUGUCAGAUCUUCAAAGUUCUAAAAAUUAAAAAUGACAUUCUUGUUAACCAUGUAGAAAAGCAGUUACUAGUUUACUUUAAUAAUGUGAAGGAAAAAAAAAUUAACCAUAAUUCGGAGAAUAAGUCGAAUUCUCCAUUUAAUUCUAUUGUUAUCACGGAUAAUAUUCUCGUAAAAAUUUUGUUUGACAUGUGUACCUUUUACAACGAUAUAAAUGUAUACAACCAUAGCAUACAAUAUUUUCUCCAUAGGAAAAUUGAUUUUAGCACAUCAAUACUUCUCCUAUAUAUAUAUUCUGAAAUCAAUUUGCUAAAUUACAAAAUGAUAACUUUAUUAAUUCAAAUUAUUAAUAAAAAUUACGUACAAAAUUUUCACGUGGAAAAUGUGUUCCUGCUUAUUAGAUCCUUCUACAAAAUCUGCAUCAACAGUCAGUACUAUUUCGUGGAUAACAAAGUGGCAGAUAACGUUCUGAACAACCCGCAAAUUGUUUCUCACGUUGCUUGUUAUACAAAAGAUUCAUACAUGGCAGAGAAUAUAUCACCUCAUUCAUCUGAAGCAGCAGUACAUAUCCCAAAUGGCACAACUAAUACUUCAGAAAAGAACAAUUCUAUGGUGUCCAAAAAAUUAUUUCAGGACAGUGAAAAAGCUCCAGUACAUGGUCAGCUAAGUGCACCCCAAACUGGUAGCUCGUCAUCCAUAGCACCCAUUCAUGUGGAAAAUAUGUUUCAAAAAAUUCAAAAAUUAUCUCAUAACAUUUUCUCUAAAUUGGAAAAAGAUCUGUUAAACAAAAAAAUACAAACGAAUCAACAUAACAUAAGGUUUUUAUGUAAGAUAUUAUAUUAUGCCACGGUUCUGAGAAAAUUCUCUUUUUUAAAUAACGUAAUUAAUUUAUUUACAAACAUGGAAAGCGAAGAAAUUGGAGAUUUUAAAAAUAUAUUAAAUAUAUUGCAUUCCUACUGUUACGUUAAAAAUAGUAACAUCUGUGCCCAUAAAAUAGAAGAAAUGAGUUAUCGAACAGUUCAGGAAGAGGCUAUAAUAGAAUUGACUAACAAAGAUUUGGUCCUUACACAUUACCAUUUGAUUGUAAAUAAACAAAACUACAACCGUGAAAUUAAAAACAUGAUUUAUUUUCUCUUUGUUCAGUGCAAAUUGAAUGAUUAUCGAUAUGUAAAUCCGGAUGUUAUAAAAUCAUGGUUAAACUGUUCCUUUUUAAACAUACAUUUAUUAGGAAUGCUACUAUGCACUCUUAUGUCGAAAGAACUAAAUGUUAUAACUUAUUUUAAUAGUGAAAAUGCAAGAAAAACAAUUUCCAAAAUUUUACACUCUAAUGAGGAUCUAUACAAUGAAAUAAAGAAUAGUCACAUAAUUCUAAAAAAGGACAACAUAUUUAAAUACACAAAUUUGUAUAAUCAAAUUUUACUGCACGUUGAUAAACUUAUUUUAAAGUGUGAUAACAUUUACGAUAUUACAAGAAUUUUUAAUUCUGCAUUUAUUUUUUUAAGUUAUUUUGAAAAAUUAAAGAGUGAACAAAAAUUAAGCACAGAAAAUUUACAGAUGCAAAAAUGUAUAUAUAAAACCCUGAGCAAUAUAGAAAAAAAUGUUCUACAAAAUACCCAUUUGUAUAAUAAAGAGUUUAUAAUUCUGUUGUCUGCCAUAUGUAUAUAUAACAAUAAUUAUUCUUACCUACCCUUUGCCUUCUUCUUUCAAUAUUUCGAUUUGUACAUAUUUAAAAAUUAUCUUUCGUAUCUAAUUCUUUUAAGUUCUGAUGAGGAAAUUAAAAACAUGGCCAAUGUUGUGUUCUCCCUAAUGAAUUAUGAGAAAAAAGAAAAUAAAAUAAACAACUAUGGAGAAAAUAUCGAAUCAUUUUAUUCAAUUCACAUAUCACGAAUUAUAGCGAGUGUCGAAAAUGCUGUCAAAAACUGUACAAAUUCGGAAACAUAUUGUAACCAAAUUAUAAACACGCAAGGAGAACUAAAUAGCAACGAAUUAAGUGAAGUUUCUCAUUACAAGGGAACAGAAAAAAUCAGUACACUUAUGAAUUUAAGUCAUUUCCAAAUAAAGCAGAUAAUAAAUAUUUACAAACUCUUAAUAAAUAAGAACGAUUUUGAGGGAAACGAAUUUUUCAAAAAAGUUAAAGAAAAAUAUUUGCAUUCUUCUGAAAUUAAUCAUGUCUUGCUGAGCAACCAAUCACUAAACGAGUUAAAUGAAUUAUGCUUAUCUAUGUUAAAAAAGAAGGUAUCAAAUAUAUUCCUAUUCAAGCAAAUUUUAAAAAGGAAUUAUGAACACAUAAAUUCGGAGAAUAUGCACUUAUUAAAAUAUGAGUAUAUUAUUAAUUUGUUAAACAUUUGCAUAAACCUAAAAAAAUAUAAUUUUUUCAUAAAUGAAUCAGUUGUAAUUAACAUUGUUUUGAACAAUUUGUGCAAGUUCAAUACAUUACAUAAAAUGAAUAAACUCAUUGAAUCACUACUCCAGUUAAAAACAUGGAAUUCUCAUGUGAACCUAACCAAUGAUCUACAACUGAAUGUUAAGCAGAUCUACCUUGACUAUUUCUUGAAUAACCAAAUUAUAGAUUUAAAUAAAGUAUUAUAUCUUCUGUAUCUACUAUACAACUUUAACAAAACGGAUCAUUUUUAUGUCAUAUUUGAAUGUUUUUUGGGGAAAUUUUUUCAAUUAAAGCAGAUAAAAGUGUGUCAAAAAAGAAGAUAUAAUUUUAUUACAAGUUUGAAUAACACUCUUUUUAUAGCAAAAAAUAUGUACACCUUGAGCAGUCAUGAUGAAAAUGGAAAAUUUUCUCAAUCUCAACGUAACCCAUUUGAAAGCAUGAACAAAAGUAACGAUGAAUAUGUAAUACAUCUGAAUAAAGAAAAAGCUAGUAUAAUGGAAUAUGAAAUACGAAAUAUAAUAGAAGAACGAAAAAGAAUGAUUCAAGAAUUCUCAUAUACAGACAAAGUGGAAAAUAUAAAAAAUAUGAAACAUGCGACAUGCAUAAAUGAUCAUUCCUUUGUUACUUUAUUUUUACUUCUUGACCUACUUAAAAACGAUAAAAAAAUUGAACAUUAUAAAAUUUACAACUUUUGCCAUACAUUGUUUAAAGAUUAUAUAUACCUACUAAAUAAAGAAGUAACCAUUCAGUGCUUGUAUAUCUAUUUCUACUCACGAAUUAAUGAAGAGUUCACACAAGAACAUAUAACCCUUCAAGAAAAUAGAUUCCUCGAUGAUAAAAUACACUACAUCCUUAACAUUUUAAUAACUUUCAUUCAUAAUUUAGAUGUAUACUCAAUUUUAAAAUUGUCUUUUAUUUAUAUUAAUAUAUAUAUAUAUUCACGUAAAAACUAUCACGUCAAUGAAAACAUCAAAAUACUUUUUGAGCAAAUUAACAAGAAAAAAAGUUUAAUUGAAAAAAAUAACAUAUUGUACGAGCAGGUGAUGAGGUAUGGGAAUGUGUACAUCGAAGAAUAG